GUGUUAUUUUGCUACCUAAGUCGGUGUCCUCUCACUUCUACCAUUCUUCACGUUAGUAGUUCUAGAGCCUUGUGUCCUAUAGGCUCUAAAUAUAGGAGCCCCCAAGAUGUGCGACAACAAACAUAGGUUGUUUUCACCACAAACCAUGCGGGGCCGCUAGCAUUAUUUUGCAUAUCAACCUAGUUUCACCUCCCGAUGGCCGCCAACCACAAUGUUGAUGUCGCUAGAGAGCCUGCCGCAAGUGCCUCUCCACCCACCUAUGAAGCCGAGCACCGCGCUCUCCUUCGGUCGUCAUCGUUCAUCUCUGCCAUCUCAGACAACAAUGAAGGAUGCAAGGAAUGCGCAUUUGAGCCAUCUGAAAAGGUCAUUGUUUCCGUCUCUGGUGACCGCAAAGGCGACGCCAAUGAAGAGGGUGCCUUCUAUGCCUCAGGGGGUUGCAUGCCACCCUUCUCAUGGCGCAAGUUAUGGCUAUUCUCAGGGCCUGGCUUCCUGAUGAGCAUCGCAUUCGUGGACCCAGGAAACAUCGAGGGUGACCUACAGGCGGGGGCCACAGCAGGUGGCACACUAUUAUGGGUGCUCCUAUGGGCCACAACCAUGGGCCUACUCGUGCAGCUUCACGCUGCACGCCUCGGGGUGGCCACGGGGAGGCACCUUGCUGAGUUAUGUCGUGAUGAGUACCCAGACUGGGCGCGUCACGCACUUUGGUUGAUGGCUGAGAUUGCCUUGGUUAGUGCCGACAUCCAAGAGGUCAUCGGAAGCGCCAUUGCCAUCAAGAUCCUUAGCCAUGGCCUAUUGCCGCUCUGGGCCGGCGUUGUCAUUACCGCUUUGGAUUGCUUUAUGUUUCUUUCCCUGGAGAACUAUGGGGUGAGAAAGUUGGAAGGUCUAUUUGCGGUUCUGAUUACAACAAUGGCGUGUUCCUUCGCAUGGAUGUUUGUAGAGACUGAACCUAGUGGCAAAGAUCUAUUCAUUGGUAUUCUGGUUCCAAAAUUGAGCUCAGGAACAAUAAAACAAGCCGUUGGCCUUGUCGGGGGUGUUAUCACACCUCAUAAUGUGUUCCUCCAUUCUGCUCUUGUGCAAUCAAGAAAAAUUGACCCAAACAAGGAAUAUGAAGUUCGUGAAGCAUUGAGGUACUAUUCCAUUGAAUCCACCCUGGCAUUGGUAGUGCCCUUCAUGAUAAAUUUAUUUGUCACAACAGUUUUUGCAAAAGGAUUUCAUGGUACCAAGGAAGCAGAUAGUAUCGGCCUUGAGAAUGCUGGAAAAUAUCUACAAGAGAAGUUUGGAGGGGACUUUUUCCCUAUCCUUUAUAUCUGGGGUGUUGGAUUGUUAGCCGCUGGCACUAGUAGUACCAUAACCGGAACUUAUGCUGGACAAUUUAUAAUGGGUGGAUUUCUAAAUUGGCGGUUGAAAAAAUGGAUAAGGGCAUUGAUAACUAGAAGCUUUGCGAUUGUGCCAACUAUAAUUGUUGCUUUAUUCUUCAACAAAUCUGGCUAUGAGCUGGAUGUUCUCAAUGAGUGGCUCAAUGUGCUCCAGUCAAUUCAGAUUCCCUUUUCUCUCAUCCCACUAAUAACACUGGUUUCCAAGGAGGAAGUCAUGGGGAUGUACAAGAUAGGUCCAAGAAUGAAAAUUGCAACCUGGAUAGUUGCUUCUUUACCGAUCCUAAUCAAUAGCUAUAUGUUGUUGGACUUCUUCUCUUCAGAAAUGGAAGGCGUGUUGUAUAGCUUAGCUCUAUGUGUGGUUGUGGCAACUUAUUCCGUGUUCAUACUAUAUCUUAUUUUUCGAGGAAUGGAAUUUCCCUACUAUCUUGCAACAACAUUACACGAGAAUAGUUCCAUAUAGUGAAAACUGGAUGAAAAAUAUUGUUGUAUGGUAGCUUAUUGACAUUUUUAGGAAGAUCACAAAAAUACAGUACACUUUGUAUAGAGGAAAACAAAGUUUCAGUUGUUAUGAAGAAUUACUAAGACUAUUGUAUGGUUUAUACAAAGACCUCUGAUUAUGAUUGAAGAAAUGUCAUGGGAGAAGAACAACCUCUAUGUUUAUACCUAAAUUUCUUAACAACCUUGUCUUAUUUUUAUGGUACGUGGAAAUGACAAAUAGCGAGAGAAACAUAGCAAGACGCUAGGUAUCAAAGCUAGAUUGUUGGUACUCAUGUGUUGUACGAUGAGAUUCGAGUUUAUGAUUUCAAAUUUUUCAUGUGAUUA